AUGCACGAUCCACAGCAAAAUUCUUCUCGCCAAUUAAUCUCUAUAACUCCUCGAAAGAAAUCUGUUCGUUUUAAUAUAACAUCUCCAUCACCGCGAAUUCCAAAAUUAUUGACUCAAAAUGACUCCAACCAUCAACAUCAUCCAUUAAAUAUAUCCUACACAAUACCUUCAACAACGGUCAAUAUUGAUCAUGUAACAAAUCAAUCUCAUAUGCAACAUUUAAAUAAUCAUAUUGAAUAUGUUCCAACAGCACGACGAAAUAAUUUACAAAUAAAUGGUGAAAAAAUUCUUCCACCACCAAAAACACUUGAUGAACUUCACCAAUUUAUGAAAACGAAAGCUGAAAGUCUUCGUAGAAAUAUGACAAAUGUUACGACAACUUUUAAUCAUGCCAGUACACAUUUAAAUCAUAUUAAAGAAGAACAACAAACAGCACUUAAACGACCAAGUCGUAUUCCUAUUUCUACUCGGCAUCGUUCACCUUCGCCAACAACUGUGAUUUAUAAAAAACCACAACAUCGCUCACUGGAAGAUUUACGUUGGUAUUGUUUAGCAAGAAAAUUCUCAAUUUUAUGGCAGAAAAAAAUUUUCGGUUGCCAUAUUCGUCGAAUAAAAUCCUAUUGCCAACAAAGAUUACUUCAAAAGUAUUUUCAUCCAUGGAAAUAUGUAAUAAAAAAUGAUCCAUACGAAUUAAUAGCUGUUCAAUUUUAUCAUCAACAAUUAAUAAAAAAUUAUUUUCAUGUAUGGUUAAAUUUUAAUUCACUAACUCAAUUAGCUGUUGAACAUAUUAAUCAUAAACGUAUUACAAAUACUUGGACAAUGUGGAAAUUACAAUUACACAAACGACAAUUACAUCAACAACAAUAUGUUACUGCUAAUAAACAAUAUAAUAAAAAAAUUCAAUCUCAUUUUUAUUACAUUUGGCAAAUGAAAACAUCUCAACGACGACAAGAAGUCGAAAAAAGUCUACGGUCCAAUUAUCAUUAUCGUAUUCAUUUACAAAGAAUAUGUUUCAAUGCAUGGGUAACCUAUACUGAAUAUCGACGAAGGAAAAAUAUUCAUAAAAAGCGUGUUCAUGAUUAUUAUCAAAAACGUUUGGCAGGAAAAAUUUAUGCGAAAUGGAAAGAAGCAUUAACAAGAAAAUUUCUCAUGCAACAACAUCAACAUCGUUUAGCUGAAUUACAAGAAAGAGUGUUAAUGAGAUGGGCAUUCGAACGAUGGAAACUAUAUCUUCAUGAUUUGGCGGAUGAACAGCGGACAAUGCAAAUGGCUGAACAGUAUAGUGACCGACGCAUUAUGCGUUCGGCAAUGGUCACACUCCAUCAGUAUGUCAUUAAACGUCGAAUGAAACAACGUUUCAAUUGGAUUGCUGUACAACAUCGUGCUCAAAUGAUAAAACGUAUUCAUUAUCGAAUAUGGAAACAUCGAUUAGAACAACGUGAAAAUAUUUAUAUGCAUGCUGAAUAUCAAAAGGCUGAAUCGUUUUAUCAUAUGAAAAUUACGAUUCGAUAUUGGUUUGGUUGGCGACGAUAUAUUAAUGAUUGCCGACAAGAAAAUGCGCGACUUACUGCGGCUGAUACAUAUUUUAAUUUAAAAAUAAUACGCAAAUAUUUUAAUCUUCUUCGUGCUAAUAUAACAGAUGAACGUCAUGAAAAAUUACUUGAAAAACGUGCAGAUGAUUCUUAUCGUUUACGAUACCUACGACUUUAUUAUGUGUAUUGGCAAAUGCAAACACGUAUACGUGAACAGUAUCAAAUGAAUUGGAGAAUAGCCAUUGUUCAUGAAGAACACAAUAUACGUCAAAGAAUUUUCAAUACAUGGCUAGAUCGAGCACAUUCAAGAUUAAUUGAUAAUGAGCAAAAUAUUGUUGCUGAACGACAUUAUUUUCGAACAAUAAUUACUCAAGCUUGGCUAUCAUGGCGUCAAGUCAUUGAUGAACGACACAAUGAAGAACGAUCCGAACGGAUUGCCAUCCAAUUUUAUUUCCAUACAAUUCAACGACGUGCACUUAUUGCAUGGAAAUUGUAUAUUCGUCAUUGUCAUUAUAUGAAACAAAUGUAUCGUCAAGCUGAACAGUUUCAUCUUCAACAUCGUGGAAAAAGUAUAUUCUUUGAAUGGUCGAACAAAGCAAGAAAUCAACGACGAUUAAUGCGUCUUAUAAAUGAACGUUUCGAACGUAAACAACGAGUUAUAUUAAGAAAAUAUUUUCGUCAAUGGCGAGAUAAUGCUCAAGAAGAAAAGGACGAUCGUGAAUUAACUCAAUAUGCCAUCGAUCAUUAUAAUCGUUCCUUGAAACGAAAGGUACUUCUUGGUUGGAACAACGAAAUGAUUCAACAAGUUUUGAUUGAUAAUGAAAAUCAAAUGAAAUUAAAUAAAUACCGAGAAGAAAAAAAUCAUUUUCAUUUACAAGUUCUUUAUGAAAAGUGGAAACAACGAACAAAUAAAUAUUUACGUGAUUGCUUUCUCAAUCAACGUUCACAAGUAUUUUAUGAGAAAAAAUUAUUAAAAAAUUAUUUUUCCCAAUGGAAAGAACAACAUCAUUUUAACAUGCGAAUUAAAUUACUUGAACGACAAGCUAUGUGGUUCGAUCGAAUGCGUUUGAUGAGUCGAAUUUAUCUUCAAUGGAAACAAGCAUUUCAAUCAGAACAAAAAUUAAGCGAACAUAAACAUCGUGCAUUACUUUUUUGGGCUUUACAAUUACAAAAAAACUGUUUUCUAACAUGGUUACUCUAUGUCAGUGAACGGAAACGAAAAAAAACCCGCUAUAAUAAAGCAACUCAUAAACGACAUGAUGAACUUGUUCGUAAUUGUUUACGUCAAUUUCUUACCUAUACAGAUCAUACUAAACAAAGGCGGCAAGCUCUAUUUAUUCAUCAACAAGUUUAUUUAUAUCAUGAUCGAAAUGCAUUAGCGACGAAAUAUGUUUUGAAAUGGCGAGCAUUUGUACAAGAAUCAAUUGCGCGUAAACAACUAACACAACGUUUAGUUAAAAGAACAACAAAUAUUGUGCCGACACCUACUAAUCCACUGGCUCUUGUAAAAUUUGAUAAUAGUCCACCAAAAAUAACCAAUCGACCACGACCACGAAAACCUGCAUUUUUAUCUGACUCAUUUUCUACUUCCAAUAUAAAUAAAACAGAAUCUGAAAUGCCUACACUGAAUGUUCAAUCAUCAUCAUCAUCACCACCUCCUCUUCCUCCAACAAUUGAUCAUUCUUUACAUUCUCCAUUUAUUAGUGUUAAACAAUCAUCGGAUACCCGAAAAGAUACAUCGUCACCGCCAGUACUUCUACCGCCAUCAGCAUUUCAAAUAAAUCCUAAUGAAAUAAAAAUGCCAUUAUCAUCUCGACGAACAAUCGAAGAUAAAAUUCAAGUUUCUCAUCGGCCAUAUUCAACUCAACCAUCAAGCAGUACCCUAGUUAAUAAAGAUAAUUUACUUCAUGUUAAACAACGUUUAGAAAUUUAUCUUAAUACAAAAGCUAAACUAAAGCGUCUUCGGCAAAAACUUGCAAAUCUAUCUUCGUUACAAAUCGAUAAAGAACUUGAGCAAGAAUGCCAGCAGUUGGCUGCAUUUAUAGCUUCAGAAAAAAUUCAUUUGACUAGUAUAUUACAAAAUCUAUAA